UUUGUGUUUAUGUUUUUUUUCUAAUGACUUAUAAUAAUAUAUAAUAUAAUAACUUAUAAUUAUUUAGUGACUGAAAUAUAUAUGAUAAAAAAAACUGAUUUAAAUAAUAAUAUCGUCACGUAUUACUGAUUUAUAUCUCUGUAUAAUUAAAUACUAAUAAAAGAAAUGAAACAAUACGCAUAUUAUAAUAAAUCAUUUUAUUUUUAUAAUCGCCAAUCAAUGUACUUUUUUAAAAGUGGUCAAUAAAAAUACACUUCGAUUUCAAUUGAUAAUUAUUUAAUAGCAUAAUGAAGGAAUAUUUAAGGAAACAAAUAUUUGUUUCAUUAUGUGUAUAUCUGGGCCAAGUGUUAGUUGGAUACGCCAUGGGGUGGUCUGCUCCAGUAAUAGCAAAACUAGACGAUCCUAACCAAAGUCCUCUGCCUGGUCCGAUAACGCAAGGCCAAUCGUCUUGGAUUGCAUCUUUGUUGUACAUUGGUUGCAUAAUUGGUCCUAAUAUAUCAAGUUAUCUAUCAAAUACAAAGGGGCGAAAAUUAUGUUUCUUCAUUGCUGGAGUUCUGAUUAUAUUUUCAUUCAUCCUAUUAGCAGCUGCCAGGAACCUGGUCAUGAUCUAUACUGGAAGAGUAACUAUUGGCUUGGGAAUUGGGAUUAUAGCAGUUUUAAAUCUAGUUUACAUUGGUGAAAUAGCGUCAACAAACAUAAGAGGAAUAUUGUUAACUGGAACAGGCAUAUUUUCUACUCUUGGAACUUUAUUGAUAUACUCAGUGGGACCUUAUGUUUCAUAUGCAUCCACUUCGUACAUAGGACUAUGUUUAUCGAUUUUAUACAUAGUUGGAUUAUAUUUUAUACCCGAGACACCAUUAUUUUAUAUAAUGCAAGGUCAGAGCGAAGCAGCUGAAACAGCGCUAGUUGCACUUGGAAGACAAGACGAAAUAGAUAAUAUACUGAAUAUGAGAGUUAAAAAAGAUCAAAAAAGCAUCGCACAAUUGAAGGAACUAGUUAGUGAAACCAGUAAUAGAAAUGCUUUAAUUAUAACACUGACAUUAAGUAUAUUACAGCAAAUGAGUGGAGUUGUAGUUGUGGUAUUUUUUGCUACAACAAUAUUUGAGCUAGCAGGUUCAUCUAUACAUCCAAAUGUAGCUACUAUUGUAAUUGGAAUCACACAAUUGGUGUCUAGUUGCAUAGCUCCAUUUGUUGUUGAGAAAGGAGGAAGAAAGGUUUUAUUGCUUUUCUCGACAACUAUAUGUGCUAAUAGUUUAGCUAUACUAGGAAUUUACUUUUUCAUGGAUUCCUAUGAUUAUCCAAAUAUUGAAAAAGUUGCAUGGUUGCCUCUUGUGACUCUUAUAAUAUUCUUUUUGUCUUACGAUUUUGGUUUUGGUAUUAUUCCUGGAACAUUUGCUGGAGAGAUGUUCCAACCUCAACUAAGAAGUAUCGGAUCUGCAGUAACUGUGACUACAGCUUGGCUUUUUGGCUUUGGAAUAUCUACCGCGUUUGGGUACAUGAUUUCAGAGUUGGGAGGUCAUAUUACUUUUUGGUUUUACUCCGGCGCAUGUGCUGUAGCAACAUUGUUUACAAUUUUCUAUAUACCUGAAACUAAAGGAAAAACUUUGGAAGAAGUGCAAGAAAUGUUAAGAUAAUGAUUGUUUUCCUAAAAAUGGGCGCCAUAUAAACCACUUCUAUUUUGUACUAGGCUAUGCGAUUAUUUUUAUAAAAAAUUGCCAGGAAUUUCUAAUAAUCAUUUCCUAAAACAUUAGUUUUAAAGAAACACCAACCUUUAAGGAUGUUUGAUAUUCUGAAUACAGAUCUAUUUGUAAUGCAAUUAAUAUUGUUAAUUAAUAAAGGAUCUAAAAUAUGAUAUGAUAUAUGAUAAAGACCAUUUAAACGUUCGCGUUGUUUAUACAUAUUUCAAUUACACAAUCUCGACCUAAUUUGGUCCUGUGACCACGACGUAGUGCAACCCACGUCGAAAGGUCGGCAAUAAAGAAACAGGUAUGUGAGUACUAUUUACCUGUAAAGGCUUUUACAUCGUUUUGAGUCCCGAUUGUGUAUUUAACAUUUGAUAAGGACUAUUAUUAUUAUUUUAUAUUAUUACUGUUAGUUUCUUUCAAAUUGACGUUACUAGACUUUUAAAUAUUUGUAUAAGAAUAUAAAAUCUAGUAUGCAUAUAGACCAUUUGAAAAAUUAAACUACCUAGUUAUAAAUUAAGAUCUGACAAAUUGUAAAUAAACAUCUUUAGUCUUAUUACAAAGUGUGCCGAUGUUAAUAGCUUAAUAAAUAGCUUAUGAUUAUUUACUAUUAUAUUAUAAUUUACAUACAUACAUAUUUGUCAAAAAUUUAAUAAAUGUUAAAUCUACUCUAAUUCUUUAAUUCGAUAAUUAGUCAAAUUGUUAUCUGUCAGUCGCUUAACUAAGCCCACCAUAAUAUCUCAAGGUUUUGUAUCUUUAGUUGUAAUUUCCAUAUUACUUCUCAAGUUUCAGUUGUUAUGGAAACAAAUCACUACGUAAUUCUUUAAUUACUUGCAAAUGUUUUCGACAGUGUUAGUUAAGAUGUUUAUAAAAUUCUUCAUACAACUAUAUUUAACUAUAUAUUACUACAAAUAUUAUAUACUACUUGUAGAAUAAAUUGAGCAAUAAACUACUUAUAUUAUAAAUAUAUUUUUUACAGGUAGAUAAGUUAUUAUUUCGUCGUGUGGUCCCGGUAUAGAUUGGGCCACCUCUUCCUUCAUAUAUUGUAAGAGGCAAACUUAACAGUUUAGGAAUGAAUAGCAACAUCCUUCUUAAAACAUCGCUAAAGCCUAACUGCCGUUGUCAAACUGUCUGCUAAGCAUGGCAACUAGUGGAAAAAAUCUCCCAAUAGGGAGAGGUCUAUGUUCAGCAGUGGACAGUUAAUGGCCGAUAUGCAAGCUAUUACAUAGGAUGGUUACAAGCAGAAAGAGGCGAUGUAACAGUUUGAUUUUUAUUUUUAAACUUUGGCUAUUGCUGCUAUGGUUAAUAAUAAAAAAUACAAAACUACUUUAUGGUCAAGUUAUUUUGAACACUAAGCAGUGAAAUAAAAGACAAGUGUCUGUCAUUUCAAAAGGCAUAAAUAAAUAAGGCACUGGUAUCUAAAAUAGACUUAUAAUUAAAUCAUUAUUUAAUCAUCAUUUCACCCAUUAACUGUCAACUGCUGAACAUAAGCAUUCCCAAUAAGGACGUUUUGCUAGCAAUUGUCACGCUUAGUAAUCGGGUUGGAAACCUAUGUUAGACUUUUAGAGAUAUUUUAAAAGGGACGCAGCUGCCCAUCCGUCUACCACUAAGUUCUUUUAAUGGCCUCUUAUGACACCUACAGGAAAGUGUGGCCUAUUCUACGCCGAGACCACACGGACAAUAAUUAAAUAUUAAAAAAUUAAUAAUAACAAAUUAAUGAAUUAAUGAUUUAUGAUGUAGAAUCCUGGAACUUAACAGUAGGACUGGUUUAUAAACUUAAAGUCUGCGAGCGAGAUGAUCGGGAACGAGGAAAUUUGACGAAUUAAAUUGGUUGAUAUAGCUAUAGGUUGAAAAUAAUGAGCCAGCUAUAUUUAUCGAAUCAGCAAUGAUGGGGAGAAAAGUCUUGAAAUGGAAGAUGUACAAGACGGCCAGUGUACAGGACGACGACGAAGUGUGGGGGCUUCACAGAUAUCCUUCUAGAUAAACCAAUUUCCUAAGUAUAAAAAUGCGAGAAGGGAAGAAUCGCACAUGCUGGAAGGACUUAGGGAACCUCUGACUGACACUAGAUUGAUGCAGACUUAUAUCAUGAUCAUAAUCUGCUACAGAAAAUAUUAACUUUGCAAACAUAUUUUUAUUUAUUAAACUUUAACACCUAGACAGUGUAAAUGGUAGUCUAAUUUUACUAUAUAGCGUUAAAAAUAAGCAAGAUAUUACAAUAAAAAUUCACUGUUAAUUGUUAAUUGUUCUCCGCUUUUUCGUAUAUAUUUGCAUUGAACAUACUGUGUUAGAUUAAGACUUAUGGCAUAAUAAAAUAUAGUUUCGGUCUAAUAA